UGUUACCUUGUCAGAACAAAAACAUGGACAUGGUCAGAAAUCUGAAACCACCAUCACCAUAACCCUCCCUGUCCUUCUUCUCCUCCUCCUGAAUCUUCCCAAAUCGGGUCUCUCUCACAUUCCUUAGGUUGGAACCGCAAUGGCGGCAGCCUUAGAGUGCUGGUCGAGGCGCGGUGGCAACGACGAGGACAUGGUGGAGCAGGUUCUCAUGGAGGUCCCAACUUCCCAACCCAAGGACCCUUCCCUCCUCCACAAGAAGCUCCACAAGCUCACACGCAAUGUUUCCGAGGCCAUUGCCUCUCUCAGAAACUCCCUCAACAUCAACCUCAACCUCGAUUCUUCCAAACCCGACAACACUUGUGGUGGCGGCAGCAGCAACCUCGUUUGGGGCACGGUUGUCCGAAACCUUACCCAGCUCUACCCUGGUAGCCAGCUCCCGGAGAAGCUCAUGUCCAACAUUCGCAAGCACUAUGAUUCCUUGCCCCUAAGUUAUUCGCAGGCGGGGUUUGAUGUGAAAGAUGUGUUUCUUCACAUCAAGUUGAUGGAACAAGCUUUGGAAGAUGAGCAGGCUGCGAUUUUGAUUCAGGAGGAAUGUGAUGAUCAGAUGCAGCUUCAAGGAUCUUUGUUCAAGUUGACAUUUGCUUGCAACUCUCCGAUUUCGUGGCCUGCAAUGUCGGGUGCGUUGGAUGGUUUCUCCAUUUGCUGCAAGAAGAUUCAGAUCUUUGAGAAGAAAGGCUUCACACUUGGGAUUGUUCUUCUGCUUGUUCUGUCUGGCACUGGGCUAGAGAAGCCAGUGAGGAGCCGGGUUGAAAGUGCUCUCAAGUGUGCCAUGAGGAAGCCCAAGACCAGUACUGUAAAGCUUCCCUUUGGGCUUUGUGGAUGUCAAGAGGAGAACUCCAAGGGAAGAGAGCUUGGGGAGAUUGAAGAAGAUGGUGGCAAUGCAUAUUGUGGAAAUGGGUUUGAGAAUUUGAGCCAAAAAUUUCACCUUGAGGUGCCCUUGCCCAGUUCUCCUUUUCUUGUAUCAGUAGAUGAAUGGCAGACUAUUCAGACAGGUGGGGAUGACGUGGAAAAAUGGAUGUUGAAUUCAGAUAGUCUUGAGUUUGUAGAUCAGAUCGGACCCAAUUCAUAUAAGGGAACCUACAUGGGAAAAAGGGUGAGGAUUGAGAAGCUUAGAGGGUGUGAAAAAGGGAAUGCUUAUGAGUUUGAGCUCAGGAAAGAUCUGCUAGAACUGAUGACUUGUGGGCAUAAAAAUAUUUUGCAGUUUUGUGGUGUUUGUGUGGAUGACAAUCAUGGACUAUGCGUAGUGGCGAAAUGGAUGGAAGGUGGAUCUGUUCAUGAUUUAAUAAUGUCAAAGAACAAGAAGCUUCAGAGCAAGGACAUUGUAAGAAUUGCAGUUGAUGUAGCUGAAGGGCUUAAGUUUAUGAAUGAUCAUGGUGUUGCAUACAGAGACAUUAAUACGCAGAGGAUUCUGUUGGAUAAGUAUGGGAAUGCUUGCUUGGGAGAUAUGGGCAUAGUCACUGCCAGCAAGGGUGUUGGAGAGGCAAUGGAGUAUGAAACUGAUGGUUAUCGGUGGCUAGCUCCCGAGAUAAUUGCUGGUGACCCGGAGAGUGUCACAGAGACAUGGAUGAGUAAUGUUUAUAGCUUUGGCAUGGUAAUUUGGGAGAUGGUAACUGGCGAGGCAGCCUAUUCUGCAUAUUCACCUGUGCAAGCAGCAGUUGGCAUUGCUGCUUGUGGCCUUAGACCUGAGAUCCCCAAGGACUGCCCACAAACUCUAAAAUCUCUCAUGACAAAGUGCUGGAACAACACCCCUUCAAAACGCCCCCAAUUCUCCGACAUUUUAGCAAUAUUGCUGCGACCGCACAACAACAAUAGGUAAAAACUUCUAGCAUGUUUGGACCGGCUUCUAUUUCUUCAGAACCAAUCUAGAUUCUGGCUUUAGAAUCAAUUGUAGAAGUAUUUCCAAACAUGCACUUCUGCAGGUCUUUGUGGACCCUAAUAUGUUGAUAGUAAUUGAUACCAAACAUCCCUUGUCUAGAGAGUUUCACACGUAAACAUGAUGUUCCUCUUUGCUUUUGCAACAUUAAUGAAGAUGUAAAGAUUUCUGUCUUUUCUUUUCUUGGACAAUUUUGUACUGUCUCUUUACUAUCUCUUUGCCAUCAUGAAAUCUACUAUUUUCUCUUUUA